AUGAUGCGAGGAGAUAUUAAAUGGCCACCAGAGGGAACAAGACAACAGAUGGUAAACGAGGAAGAAGAGCAAAAGAAAAUUGCCGAAGGUCCAAAAUUCCGUCCUAAAAAAGUGCACAAGGACUAUUCGAAUUUUUUCGAGCAGCAUAAACUAAAUUCAUCAUUCCCUGGCUAUAAAGCAGCACCGAAUACACAAUAUUUUAGGGUCGGAGAUUCAAACACUCAAUGUAACGGAAGCAAUAAUUCAAAUGCUGAAUAA